AUGGAGGACUUAAACACACCAAUGGAUGCAUCAGCAACCAGCUGGUUAUCUGAUUUGGAUAUGGAUGAUUACAAUUUAUUUCCUGAGGAAUGUCCAUUGAAUUUUCUUGACGUUGAUGAAGAAGAGUUCCUUUCCCAUGACAUUGCUACUGCUCUGCCGGAUCAGACCCUACAUCAAUCUUUAUCUUCUGAGUGCACUUCCAAAACUCUUAGUAACAACUCAUCCACUGAUGAAACAAGUUUUGACUUUGAGAGACCCUCCAAGAUGCUGAAAACAAUCAGCACAAGUUCUAACUCAUCCACCAUCACAAAUCUUUCUCCAUCAUCCUCCUUCUCCUCCUUUCAGUCUCAGAUUCUUUCUUUUGACAACCCAAAACCAUCCCUUUCCGAGACCAAUCACUUUUAUGGCUUUGACUGUACCUUAAACCCACCACAGAACGAGAUGGUGUCAGUGUCAACACCCCAAUUGGGAAAUCAGCGUUUCCCAACUCAAAACCCAAAAGGGUCUCCAAAAAAUCAAAACUUGGAAACAAAAACCUCACAUAGCAAGAGGUCUCCUGCUCACGCUCAGGAUCACAUCAUGGCCGAGAGAAAGCGAAGAGAGAAACUCAGCCAAAGCUUCAUUGCUCUUGCAGCUCUUGUUCCUGGCCUAAAAAAGAUGGACAAGGCUUCAGUAUUAGGGGACGCUAUCAAAUACGUGAAGGAGCUCAAAGAGCGUCUAGCGGUGCUUGAAGAGCAGAGCAAGAAAACAAGGGCAGAGUCAGUGGUGGUUGUAAACAAGCCAGAGCUCAGUGGCGAUGAUGAUUCUUCAUCAUGUGAUGAGAGCAUUGAUGCUGAUGGUGGCAGCGAAUUACUGUUUCAAGUGGAAGUAAGAGUGUCAGGGCAAGAAAUGCUGCUUCGGAUCCACUGUCAGAAGCAGAAGGGUCUUUUGGUCAAAAUCCUUGCACAGAUUCAAACCUAUCAUCUAUUGGUUGUGAAUAGCAGUGUCUUACCCUUUGGUGAUUCCAUCCUUGACAUAACAAUAGUUGCUCAGAUGGGCGAUGAUUACAGGUUGACCACAAAGGAGCUUGUCAAGAACCUACGCGUGGCGGCAUUGAAAAUAAUGUCAUAA